AAACUGAGGAAAGAAACUCCCAGUUUGGAUUAACACAGUCUUCUCUUUUCCAGACAUAGCUGAAGUUAUUUAGUUGUAGGUACAGGACAGUUUAACUGAGCACAUUUGUUAUAGCACUGCAGCAGUGUUGUGGGCAGGGGGACGUGCCUCGAUAAAUCAACCAGCAGCGACAAAUUUAAUUUCAAGGAGAAAUAUUGCUGCUUGGGAGAGGAGAUACCAAAGCCUUUAGGGAGCAGAGGAGGAGCGGUACAAAGAGAGACGGAGUGAGACAGAGUGUUAACAAGGGCAUCACAGCCAUGGAGGAGAGAGAAAACUACAGCAGCCUGCAGGAGUUCACAGAGGAGCAGACACCUGGAGGGAACAGGCUCGUUCUCCAACACAACGAUGGCUCCCAGGGACUGAAGCGGGGCGUUGAGUGUUUGAGUAGUCGGACUGCCCUCCUGAUGCUUAUUGGCUUUUUGGCCUCCAUCUGCGCCAACAUCAUUCUCACUGUGCUCUUGAUUGGCAGGCAGGCUGCCCCCCUGGACUCCUCAUCGCCGGAUUUCAAACUGAACUCGGUGCAGAGACGUUACAUCCAGCUGUGUGAGGACUACACCGCUCUAGGACGGAGCUGUUCAAAGACAGUGAAGCAGUGCAGUGAGUGUCCUGAAGGAUGGCUUCAUGUCGGGGAUCAGUGUUACCACUUCAGCAAUGACAAGCUGGACUGGCUGCAGAGCAGAGAUAGCUGUGCAAAGAUGGGCAGCCAUCUUACCAUACUGCACACCAUGGAGCAGCAUGACGCUCUGGAAAUAGAAGCCAAGAAAAUUGGUGGAUUUGAUUACCACUUCUGGAUCGGCCUGUCUGACAUAGAAAAGGAAGGAGAAUGGAGAUGGGUGGACAACACGACAUUGAAACACAAAUACUGGGAUCAGUGGAGCUCAGAGCCAAAUAACCACCAGUCAGGAGGGGAACACGGAGAGGACUGUGCCACCUUAGACAGUCACGCAAAGACAUGGUUUGAUGUUCCUUGUGAGCACAUUUAUAAACGGAUCUGCCAGAUGGAUAUCAUUAAGCUCAACUAAAUCCCCAUUCAACUUGAAAUACUGCAGAACUGGGAAUUCUGGAAACCACACAGGGUUGUGAGAGAAAAAAUAAAGAAGUAAUGGUUACAUGUUUUGGGAUUACAGAAGAUAAAACUCAUGUUUGCACACCAAAAGGUCAUUUUUGUGACAUAUGCACAGGGGAUAUUGUUUUUCUUAUUGAAGGUAUAGUUGCUGUCUGAAUAUUUGUACAUUGUGUUGAGAUUACUAACAACGGGAAUAGUACUGCACACGUGUUUUCAAGUAAAUUUAAAAGGAAGAACACUACAUUAAAGGUGUUAUUGAUAGCA